GAAAGUGAAAAAUUUACACUGUCACUGUUGUCGGCUAAAGUGAGAUUGUAAAUACCAGCGACUUUGAAAUUUUAAAUAAGAAAUAUUUGCCUUAUUACGAAAUAAUAAUGAGGGAUGUCAACAUUUAUUUGUCUGCUCAACAAUCUAAAAGUUCUCCUGAGAGAGCUGAGGAAUGGGCACAGCUGGAAGAAUAUUAUAAUAAAAAAUUAUGGCAUCAGCUUACUUUAAAACUCCUUGAUAUUGUAAAGGCUCCUUACUUUCAAGAAGGAACAGCUCUUGUAGAUUUGUAUGACAAUUUCCUCUCAGACUUUGAGAAUAAGAUCAGCCCUUUGUCCCUUGUUGAAAUCUUAAAAUUUGUUGUUAAGCAGAUAGCCGAUUAUGACAAGAAAGUGGAGUUUAUGACUAAAACAAAAGAAAAGGUAAAAGGAAAUAAUGAAGCUGUUAUUUUAUGCAAUAUCAUUCUGGGGUUAUUGAAACUGGAAAAAGGAGAUUUAGAAGGUGUUAAAAAAAUAAUUGAAGAAACAGAAACAAUGAUUGAUGCAAUGGAUGGAAUUACUACUGUCCACGGCAGGUACUACCAACUGUCCAGUGAUUAUCACCAAAUCAAUGGGCAGCAUGCCCAAUACUAUAGAGAUGCUCUACGUUAUUUGGGUUGUACGAGCCUGGAUGACAUAGAUCUUGAAGAAAAGAAAUCUAGAGCAUUUACCCUAUCUUUGGCUGCUUUACUUGGGGAAGGUGUAUAUAAUUUUGGAGAACUGCUUGCACAUCCUAUUCUAGAUUCUUUAAAAGGAACCAGUAAGGAAUGGGUUGUCGAACUUUUGUACACUUUCAAUAGUGGAAAUUUGGCAAAAUAUGAAACCCUGAGAACAUUUUGGAGUGCACAAGCUGAUCUUGCUGCUCAUGAGAUAGAUCUGCGUCAGAAAAUUUCUUUGUUAUGUUUAAUGGAGAUGACUUUUAAGAGGCCUGGCAACAAUCGUGUUUUAACAUUUUCAGAAAUAGCAAAUGAAACUAGAUUACCUGAAAAUGAGGUGGAAUUAUUAGUGAUGAAAGCAUUAUCAUUGGGCCUUGUCAAAGGUUCAAUUGAUCAAGUAGACAAAACAGUGAAUAUGUCCUGGGUUCAACCUCGAGUGCUAUCAUUGGAACAGAUUGGCAACAUGAAGCAAAGACUUGAUCGUUGGUGCCAAGAAGUGCAGAGCAUGGAGAUGUUACUUGAAAAUAAAGCUUAUGAUAUUCUAACAUAAUAAUUGACUUUAUUUUCUCAUAUUUCAUUAUUAACAUUUUUCAUAAACUGUAUGUAAAAACAAAUAAAAUUAUUGUUCUUAUUUCAUAAGUUUUUAUGGAUCAAAUACAUAUUUGGAAUUUGACUUUUAAGGAAAAAACCUAAUAUAGUGCUA